AUGGGCUCAGCAGACACCUCCACCUCGCUCACAAGCGCGACCACCAGGAAUACGGAUACCGCCACCCCCAAAGCCUGCUCCCCCCUCACCGGCGCGAGUCGCCUGCGCGAAAUGCUCCACGACCCCUCCAAAGUCGUAGUCUGCCCCGGUGUGUUCGACGGCUUGACCGCCCGGUUAGCCCUCGCUGCCGGCUACGAUGCGCUGUACAUGACCGGCGCAGGCACAUCCAUGUCACGCCUAGGGUGGGCGGACCUGGGCCUCGCGACGCUCAACGACAUGCGCGCCAACGCCGAGAUGAUCGCGUCGCUCGACCCUUCCGUGCCAGUGCUCGCCGACGCGGAUACCGGGUAUGGCGGGCCCAUCAUGGUGACUAGGACGGUGACGCAAUAUGCCCGUGCUGGAGUCGCAGCGUUGCAUAUCGAGGAUCAGGUCCAAGAAAAACGGUGCGGCCACCUCCUCGGCAAACAGAUCGUCGACCGGGCCGUCUUCCUUAGCCGCCUCCGCGCCGCGGUCUCGGCCCGCAACAACUUACACUCGGACAUGCUGAUCAUCGCGCGCACGGACGCCCGGCAGACAUACGGCUUCGAGGAAGCCGUCGCGCGGCUACAAGAGGCCAUCAAGGUCGGCGUCGACGUCGUGUUCCCGGAGGCACUACAAUCGCACGAGGAGAUGGCCGAGAUGUGCCGACGCAUGGCGCCAACGCCCGUGCUGUUGAACGUCGUCCCCGGCGGCGUCACGCCCGAGUGUACCAUCGAAGAGGCCCGAGGCAUGGGGUUCCGCGUCAUCAUUUAUCCGGGGUUAUGUAUCAGUGCGGUCGUCGAGAGUGUGGCGCAGGAGUUGAAGACGUUGAAGACUACUGGGACGACUUCGUCGCGUGGGAGUGUGGGCGCAGGCGUGAGCAUCAAGGACGCGUUCAACCUGUGUGGCCUGCAGGAGUGUAUCGACGUUGAUAGGCAGGCUGGGGGGAAAGCGUACGAUACGGUAAACGGAGAAGAAUAG